AUACCUACCAACUUAUAAUCAAGAAGUUCUUACAAAAACCUUUGUAAAGUAUAAAUAAAUAGGUUUUAUUAUUAUUGUUAGGCAUUCUGUUUUACUCAUAUAAUCUUGUUUUGAUAUAAAAUUUAAAUAGUAUCAAACUUUACACUGUCGUUGGAUAAAAAAUAAUAAUAUAAGUGUACUCACAUUAUUAAUUUUCAUCCCUAAUGGUUAUUAUUCUAAUUUAAUCAAAUCAAACGAAUGUGAUUCUCUUACGUUUGUGAAGAAUGGAUUUCGAAAGCCCAGACGUAGAGAAAGACUUUCCUGGGUUAUACGCUUCUGAAUCUGGACGCAAAAGCAACGAGAGUGAUUUUAGUGAUGGUGGUGAUCAUGACAAGCCCAGUAAAAAGGAUUUACUGGGAAGAAGAAAGGAUAAAAAGGAAUCAAAGAAGGAUCGAGGAUAUGCUGCUUUAGAGGGAGAGAGCUCCCCUGAAGAGGAUACAAAUACAAAAAGUCCUUCAAAAUCUAAGAAGACUAAGUCAUUCAAAUUCCCAACUAAAAACAAGGAGAAACGUGAAAAAUCUCGAGACAAAGAAACAGUCCUUGAGAACCCUUCCAAGCAAAAAGAAUUGAACGAAAAAGAGAAAAAGAAGGAAAAAGAAAAGGAGAAAGAACGGGAGAAGGAGAAAAAAGAAAAGGAGAAGAAGGAAAAGUUAAAGGAAAAAGAUAAGGUACUUAUUGAUAUCUAUGAAAAUAUUAAUCAUGCUAGUAUGAAUGGAUCAGGAAAUCCUUCGUUUUAUUUAUGGAAUAAAAGACAUAUGAGCUUGCUGGUCACCUGA